GGAGGUGAAGAUGACGACGACAUGCUGGGACGGUCGAUGCAACGAUUCGUUCUGGAAUUGGAUGGCAUUGCGCGAGUCGUACAGACCAUGAAGGACUUUUCCACGGCCACGGAGAUUCAAGUGGCGGGUUGUGGACUUUUGGGCAAUCUAGCCACUCGACGAGCCUUUCACAACAUUAUGAGAGAAGCACGAGCCGUUGGCGUGGUUGCGGCGGCAUUGGAGGAUCACGCGCAGCACCCCAGCAUUGUCGUCAAUGGGAACAAGGUCAUGGUGUGCUUGUUCUCCGAGUCGUCGUCGUCGUCGUCGUCGUCGUGA